GUGGGCGACCACUUGGAGACAGGCAGAAAAGGGGGCGAACCGCCAGGGGGUCAUGGGGGGACGCUGGCGCUUCAGGAUGUGAAGGAAGAGCUGCGCGUCCCUCCAGAGCCUCGCAAGAAGAGGAAGAGAGUCAAGAAGAAGGUUGCGAAGGAUCCAGGGGCCCAGCUGCUGGCACAGGCCGAGCAGCUUCGUGUGGCCAAGAUGCAAGAAGUCAGACAGAAGAAGAAGAGAAAAGAGAAGAGAAAAGGAGGAGAAAAGGCAAGGGCGUUGGUGAAGGCGCUCCUAGGAGGUCAAAAGAAGCAGAAGACGAGCGGCAGAGAUGGGGACCCGUCGAGCUCUCCAGACGGGAGCCGUGGGGACUCGUCGGACGAGGACAAGGAGGAGUCCUCAAGCUCAAGCGAGCUUUUGGCGCCCUUACAGAAGAGGUCUUCAAAAAGGCCUGGCGCUGUCCUCAAGAUGCUCCUACAUCAUGCGAAGACUGUCGAGACGGCCGAGGGGGACGAGGUGACGACGGGAGUCAAAAUGACCUCGUACUUCAACUUGAUGGUCCGUCCCUACUACAACGCCUUGAGCCGCGACAUGAAGGAGCUCAACCUUCUGGCUAUUUGCCUGGACGAGCUGCGGGCGGGAGAAUUGGGGAAGCUGGGAGAUUCCCUUGCUUCCCGGUUCCUCGCCAUUCAUACAGCCGUCAACGAAGGCAUUGGAAGAGCGCCCACCCACUCAAGGGGCACCCAUGAGCCUGCUGCUGGAGGCCAAGAAGCACGGCCGACUGGUGAGCAAGAGCCAGGGAGCAGACGAGGGAAGGUGGGGCCGAGGAGAUGGCGACAGCUGGAGGGCGGCGCCAAGAGGAGGCGAGAGCAAAAGCAAGGACAAAGGAAAAGCUGCAGCAAGGAGGAGGCUGGUCGCAAAGAGAAAGAGUGGUGGGCGAAUCAGAAGGACAAGCCCAGCGGAAAGAAGACGAAGGGGGCCGAUGCGCCCAAGGCAGCGGAGAAGAGUUUCGCUACAGCUCAGUGGGUGCCUCCUGGCCUGGCUGGUGAUCAGGGGAUGGGUGCUGGCAACCGUGCCGUGCAUCGAGCCUCUCGUAAGGCUCUUUUUCCAAUCCGGCUUGGUGAGCUGGAUAAGCUGUCAAGAGCAAUGUCUCGAGCCAGCUAUGAGGAGGUGGUUUCCGCCGUGGAAAAAGAGCUUAGCAGUCGUUUCAUCAGCUACAGUGGGGAGGAAGUUCCCCGCAUGGAACCACUCAGCUGUGAUCAGAUUACCCCAGCAUUGCCACCACCGGUUGAGGGUCAUCAUGAACCUGAUCCCGCCAAAUGCAGUAAUGCAGCAGUUACAAGGGUUGUCAAUGAACUUCUGGGUGUUACCCAGUACUUGUCUGUGGUGUUGGAAGAUAGUGAAGAGCUCCGCAUGUGUCAAAGCGAUAUGACUAGUGCGUUCUACCUCUUCUCUCUCCCCUCUUCCUGGCAAAGGUUUCUGGCAUUCAACUUACAAGCCAAGGGGGAAGACAUAGGGCUGCGUGCUGGCGUGCUCUACUGCCUGGCAUGCAAGGUCCUCCCCAUGGGUUGGGCUAGUGCGGUCUCUGUCAUGCAAGAGGUAAGUCAAGCUCUACUCAACCAUGGUGGCCUUCCUCGGGGAGAGCAAGUGCUUAGGACCAAACCACUUCCCACUUGGUUGACAGAAGUGCUGAAGGCUGCACGGGUUACUUCGACGGGGUGGUACCACGUCUAUUUGGAUAACUUCUUCUCGGGGGAGCGCUUGGGAGCAGGGGUGCUCUCUUCGGAGAAAAAGAAGGUUGUGGAGGCUGAGGCGGUGCAGGAGCUUGGGGCUAUGUUUGAUAGUGAGGCGAGGCUGCUAGGUAUGGCUACUCUUCAUCAGGUUUGGAGAUGGAUUGGGGGGAAGAAACUUUCUGCGAAGCUUGCUGGUGCUGCACGGCAAGAACUUCUUAUGCUAUGCGCGGGGGCACACCUUCUUCAUACGUUCUUGGGUGCUGAGGUGAGUCAGGUUGCCACCGCGUCGGAUGCUUCUGGCAAAGGGGGUGCAGUGGGGCGCGCUGAUGCUGUUUCAUCUGAAGGUAAGCAGUUUUGUCAGGCACUGAAAGUGAGCCCGGACUGCACUGUAAGUGGAGGCAUUCUGGUUGUGUCCCUUUUCAAUGGGAUUGGGGGUGCGUUCCGUGCGUACGACCUGGUGGGUGUCGAGGUUGCAGGGCUUAUCUCCUAUGAUAUCUGCAAGGCUAGGAGGUGGCCUCAUGCCUCAGUUCAAGGCGAUGUCAGGGAUAUCACCAGGGAGACGGUUUUUGGUUGGAUGCUUCGCUACCCCCAUGCAACACAACUGCAUUUCUGGGCCGGCUUUCCUUGCGUGGACCUUAGUGUUGUGAAGUUUGGUAGGCUCAACUUAUCUGGGCCACAAAGUGGCCUAUUUGUUGAAGUCUUGAGGGUGCUGGAACUUUGUCGGAAAGUUUUUGGAAGGCGAUUCAAGGUGCUUUUCUUUGUGGAAAACGUGUCCUCAAUGGAUAAGUCGGCACUACAACAGAUUAGCUGCGCUUUAGGAGUUACCCCUUACCGCGUACAGUGCGCUGAAGCGGUCCCCAUCUCGCGCCCGCGCUUCUGUUGGACUAACCACAAGCUAGAGGCUCUUCCAGGUGUCUUGCUCGUUGACAAGGGCGACUUUGUUGAGGUGAUAGCGAAGAAUGAGUAUCCUCCUAUCCAGAGCUGGUUAACUGAAGGGUGUGAGUGGGAGCCUGCAGACCCCUCAACAGUGUUCCCUAAAUGUAUGAAGGCUAUCAAGCGUAGGCAACCUCCCCCAAAACCAGCUGGCCUUGAACGCACUCCAGAAGAUGCUCGAGGGCGAUGGGCUGCUGAUGACUUCCGAUACCCCCCGUAUCAGUAUAAGAAGCAGUAUCUGAUAUGGUCAGAUGAUAAGUGGAGACUACUUGACUCCUCCGAGCGGGAGUUGCUGCAUGGCUAUGGCUGGGGACAUACUAGCCUGUGCAUGAGUGCCAGCGAAAUCAAGCGAAGUCAGCAGGACUAUGAAGACCUGCGGUGCUGCCUCGUGGGUGACAGCUUCUCCCUCUACUCUUUCGCGUUGUUUUCCUGGAGCGCGUGCUCUCGCUUGUGCCAAACAUGA